CCUCCAACGCCAUGGCCUGGGACUCGAAGGCUGCCCGGAGGCGCCAGAACAGCAGUGCCGCUACGAGGCCGAUCCAGCCACAGAAUCGUCCAGUUGCCGCCAUAACUUUCGAGCCCAAGUCAGCACACGUCGCAGAUCCUGCCCUGCAACCCUUUCUCAACCCCUCCUUCGACCCUGCGGAAUAUCUGAAUGCCACUCUGCCCUCCCUCCAAGCCUCCAAUGUCUCCCAACCUGCGAAAGGCAGCGUGCCUUUGGCCGAACUAUCUACGCAAACCCAAACUCUUCUCUCGCAUCUCAGUGCACACACGACGAGACUGACGAGCAUCUUAACCCAGUUGACCGAUGAGAUUCUGCGAAGUGGCAGCAGGUUAGCAUACGAAGUGGAGGUGCUUCGAGGAGAGACAUUGGGGCUAUCCGAAGCGUUGACAGAAGGACUACACGACGAUGUGGCCAAGUUCGUGCCCGGUGGGUUGGAUCAAGAACGUACGCGGAGACAGCCGCGGGUCGAAACGAAUGGACAUCGAAGGCGGUCCUCCACCAUCACGGUGCCAAAGACGCCCAUGCGGGAAGAAGCUCCAGCAAUCGUCGACCCUCCCUUUAUUCUGAAGCUACGAACCCUCACACUUGUCCGCUCUCGACUGGAAACGGUGAUAAAGACGUUUGGCGAUGCUAUGUCAUGGACUUUUCCACCCUCCGAGGUCUCGGUCACAUCGUCCUUCCUCUCUGUUUCUGCGCCAGAGCCUGGAUCGGAUAUGCACAGCACAGAAGAGAAGGGCCAGCAGGUGUCAAAGCAGCUUCGAGACGAAAUCGCAGACCUCUUGAUUGGAGGAGAUCCAAUUGACGGAAUCGAAGCAGCUGCAAAACGAGUUGAGGAGCUCAAGGAGCUAGCAAUAAUCUGGAAAGGCACUGCGGAAGAAAGGGCAAGAACAAAAUUUGUCGAAAGUCUUGCGAGAAUGGUUGAGGAUAGACACAGAGACUUGCUUCGAGAAGCCGAACAAGAUUCGCGGCUCCGACAGCGAGUUGAAACAUUACACGAAGACGUAGAGGUCAGUUCUGGGGAGAAUAGGUCCCAGGGGUAUGGAUUUAUAAGUCAACUGCAAAAGUUAAGAGGGUCAUGAUAAGGUUAAUGAUAGAGCAUGAUGCCAAGGUGCCAGCCCCGCUUUCUGGCUC